AUGGGUUCUGAGCAGGCCCAGUCCGCGAUGAACACACUGAACAACCAGGAGUUCCAGGGCCGCACCCUCCGCGUGAACGAGGCCCAGUCCCGCGAGGGCGGCGGCGGCGGCGGGGGCUACGGAGGGGGUGGGGGCGGACGCGGGGGUGGUGGCUAUGGCAGCGGUGGCUACGGUGGUGGUGGCCGCGGUGGCGGAGGCUACGGAGGAGGCUACGGUGGUGGCGGGGGCGGCUAUGGCGGUGGUGGCCGUGGCGGAGGCAAUUACGGCGGGGGUGGUGGCUACGACGAGGGCGGUGGCUACUAG